AUGGGUAUCGCUGUCGGAGCGUCGACUCUACAAACCGAGGCAGCUCAGGCUGAGCAGCCUGAGCUGGAGGAGGUUACCUGGUAUCAGGAUCCUGGUCUUCGCAAGCUCUAUUUCUGGGCUGCCAUUCUUUGCGUCGCAUCUGCAACUACUGGUUACGAUGGAAUGUUACUUGACACUUCCCAGAAUUUGGAUGAGUGGCAAACGUAUUUCAACACACCAGGCGGCUCUAAGCUGGGAUUGAUGAACGCGAUCUACCAGAUUGGCAGUCUGGUCAGCUAUCCUAUUGUUCCCUUCAUCGCCGAUCGAUGGGGUCGCAAGCUUCCCAUCGCCAUUGGAUGUGUCUUGAUGAUAUUCGGUGGCUUACUCGGUGCAUUCUCCACAAACUACGGCAUGUACGUCGCCGGCAGAUUGCUACUUGGCUGCGGUAACAGUCUGGCCCAAAUGGCAUCCCCAGUCCUCCUCGUCGAAAUCUGCCACCCUCAACACCGCGGGAUAGUCACCACUAUUUACAAUUGCUUGUGGAACUUGGGUGCACUACUUGUCGCAUGGAUCGCAUGGGGAACUAUGUAUAUUACCAACGAUUGGUCAUGGCGCAGUUUGACUCUGCUCCAAAUAUUGCCCGCGGCCAUUCAGAUUGUUUUCAUCUGGUGGGUCCCGGAAUCUCCGCGUUGGCUCGUCUCCAAGGAGCGGUAUGAGGAAGCACUGGAUACACUUUCCUAUUACCACGGAAAUGGAGACAAAAACAAUACUACUGUUCAAUUUGAGUACCGUGAGAUCAAGGAGACGAUCAGCUUGGAGAUGCAAUACCAGACCAACAGCAGCUACCUGGACUUCAUGAAGACCAGAGGUAACCGUUACCGUCUGGCAAUUUUGAUCUCUCUGGGCAUUAUCUCGCAAUACAGCGGCAACGCCUUGUUUAGCAACUACACGAAUUUGAUUUACAACAGCAUGGGUAUCACCGAACAGAACAAGAAGAUUCCGAUCAAUGGUGGAAAGACUUUGCUCAGUCUGAUUGUCAGCGUUGGAUGUGCAUUCUUCGUUGACCGGUUUGGCCGAAGACCUCUAUUCCUUGUUUCCACAGUUGGCAUGGUCCUCAUCUUCCUCGGAUGGACCAUUGUCUCAUCUGAAUUCGAACGUACCGGAGAUGUCAAGAAGACAGGCUACCCACAGGUCGCCUUUGUGUGGCUGUACGCCGUAUUUUACUCCAUCGCCUGGUCCGGUCUCCUUGUCUCCUACGCGCUGGAGAUCCUGCCCUACCGUCUGCGUGCUAAGGGUAUGAUGAUCAUGAACUUGACGGUGCAGGCAGCGCUGGUUCUUGGAAACUACACUAACCCGAUUGCAUGGGAGGAACUCCCUCACCACUGGCAUCUGUCCCUCAUUUACACUAUUUGGAUCUUCGUCGAGCUCCUCUUCGUCUACUUCUUUUACGUUGAGACCCGUGGCCCUACUCUUGAGGAGUUGGCUAAGAUCUUCGAUGGCGAAGAUGCUGUUGUGGCACGUGUUGAUCUGCAACAGGUCGAGAAGGAGAUUGAGAUCACCCAGAAAGAGUCGCCUGAUCAUAAGGAACGUGCUUGA